AGAAGAAGCGUUUCCGCCAGUGACGUCAAAGUUCAAAAUUCGAAAUCAUGGCGUCUGAAUCGAGUAGUGCAGAACUGAAGAGAAAAUUAGAUGUUGAUGAAGGAAACGGCGGCAAUGCUGAAGACGAGGAAUGGGUUGGGCCGAUGCCAAUUGAGGCGACACCUCAAAAGAAAAGAAAAGUGCUGGACUAUGAGCGUGUGUACCUGAACAAUCUUCCUUCUGCCGCUAUGUAUGAACGGAGCUACAUGCACAGAGACGUCAUCACUUAUAUUGUCUGUUCAAAGACUGACUUCAUCAUCACAGCCAGUCAAGAUGGUCACGUCAAAUUCUGGAAGAAAAAGGAGGAGGAAGGAAUUGAGUUUGUUAAACACUUUCGCAGCCACCUAGGUGUGAUCGAGUGCAUUGCAGUCAGUGCAGAGGGCGCUCUGUUCUGCUCUGUUGGGGAUGACCAGGCCAUGAAAGUGUUCGACGUGGUCAACUUUGACAUGAUCAACAUGCUCAAGUUGGGCUUCCAUCCUGGCCAGUGUGAGUGGAUCUACAAUCCAGGUGAUGCCAUCUCCACGGUGGCCUGCUCAGAAAAAUCAACAGGAAAGAUAUUUGUGUAUGACGGCCGGGGAAGCAACACGCCAUUCCACACGUUUGACAAGAUGCACUCCUCCCCCCUCUCCCAAAUCCGCCUGAACCCACGUUUCCGGGUCAUAGUCUCUGCUGACAAAGCCGGCAUGCUGGAGUAUUGGACUGGCCUUCCCAACGAGUUCAAGUUCCCCAGACAAGUGGACUGGGAAUUUAAGACCGACACAGACUUGUAUGAAUUUGCCAAAUGCAAAACCUAUCCCACCAGCCUGGCCUUUUCGGCUGAUGGCAAGAAAAUGGCCACCAUUGCCUCGGACCGCAAAGUGAGGAUUUUCCGAUUCCUGACUGGGAAGCUGAUGAGAGUGUUUGAUGAAUCGUUGACUAUGUUCACCGAGCUGCAGCAGAUGCGGCAGCAGCUGCCUGACAUGGAGUUCGGCCGCAGGAUGGCCGUGGAGAGGGAGCUGGAGAAGGUGGACGGCAUUCGGCUGACAAACAUCAUCUUUGACGAAACCGGACAUUUUGUCCUCUACGGGACCAUGCUGGGCAUCAAAGUCAUCAACGUGGAAACCAACAGAUGCGUUCGGAUCCUGGGAAAGCAAGAGAACAUCCGCGUGGUGAAGCUGAGCCUGUUUCAGGGCAUCGCCAAAGCCACGCACGCUGCCCCCACCAUCGAGAUGAAGGCCUCAGACAACCCAGCCCUGCAGGCCGCCGAGCCCGACCCCGUCAUCUUCUGCACGGCCUUCAAGAAGAACCGCUUCUACCUGUUCACCAAGAGGGAGCCUGAAGACACAAAGAAUGCUGACUCAGACAGGGACAUCUUCAAUGAGAAGCCGUCCAAGGAGGAAGUCAUGGCGGCCACACAGGCCGAGGGUCCAAAGAGGGUGUCGGACAGCGCCAUCAUCCACACCACCAUGGGAGACAUCCAUAUCAAGCUCUUCCCUGUGGAAUGUCCAAAAACGGUGGAGAACUUCUGUGUUCACAGCAGAAAUGGCUAUUACAACGGUCACAUAUUCCACCGUGUCAUCAAGGGCUUCAUGAUCCAGACAGGAGACCCCACGGGAACAGGGAUGGGCGGAGAAAGCAUCUGGGGAGGAGAGUUUGAGGACGAGUUCCACCCUACGCUGAGGCAUGACCGGCCCUACACGCUCAGCAUGGCCAACGGCGGCCCAGGAACCAACGGCUCCCAGUUCUUCAUUACCGUCGUCCCCACUCCCUGGCUGGACAACAAGCACACCGUGUUUGGGAGAAGCGCGAAGGGAAUGGAAGUCGUCCAGAGGAUCUCCAAUUUGAAAGUUAAUCCAAAAACCGACAAGCCCUACGAAGACAUCAGCAUCAUAAACAUCACCAUCAAGUGAACAGAAAAGGCUGUUUGGGUUUCUUUCUUUUUUCUUUUCUUAAGCGAGCUGAAUUGAAAUGUACAGUAUGCAUAAUAAUGAGUGUAAAGACAGAAAUGCCUUUAGAUGUAGUCUACAUCUGUUAUCUUGACUUUUUAACUGCAGUAAAGAUUAUUUCCUAA